CGGUCGCCUUCGGACCCUGGUCUGAGAGGAAGGUGUCCGCUAGGCUUUUCUCUCGCCUUUGCGAGCACGUCAUCGGCAUAAGACGCCCUUGCGUUUGCGGAAGGAGCCGGAUUCCAAGAAGGAAGUCAUGUCCUCGGCCGCCAUGUCCAAGUACGUGAACGAUAUGUGGCCCGGAUCUCCGCAGGAAAAAGCAUCGCCAUCUACGUCGGGCUCGGGCCGCUCCAGCCGCCUGUCGUCGCGCUCCCGCAGCCGCUCUUCGUCCCGCAGCUCCGGCCCCGACUCCCGCAGCGCCAGCCGCUCGUCGUCGCGCAGCCAUAGCAGGCCGCGGCGGAGCAGGCGGUCCCGAUCCCGGUCCCGCAGGCGCCACCAGCGCAAGUACAGGCGCUAUUCGCGGUCGUACUCACGCAGCCGGUCCCGGUCCCGAGGCCGCCGCUACUACCGGGACAGCUUUUACGGGCCGCCGCGGAGGUACUACCAGUCGCCUUCUCCCUACCGGUCCCGGAGCAGGUCGCGCUCCCGCGGGAGGUCGCAUCACAGGAGGGCGUACUACGCGAUCACUCGCGGGCGGCGCUACUACGGUUUCGGCCGCACGGUGUAUCCCGAGGAUCGCCCCAGGUGGAGGGAAAGAUCCAGAACCAGGUCGCGCAGCAGGAGCAGAACUCCCUUUCGCUUAAGUGAGAAAGAUCGAAUGGAGCUGCUGGAAAUAGCAAAAGCCAAUGCAGCAAAAGCUCUAGGGACAGCCAGCUUUGACCUGCCUGCCAGUCUGCGAACUGCAGCUAAGGAAACAAGCCAGAGAGCAGCUGUUUCGAGCAGUGGUGCAAAGAUGGAGCACUCAGAAAAGCAAGCUGAAGAGGAAACUCAGAAUCCCAGUGAGAAAUCUGCUGCACAAAGAAACAUAGCCUUCAGCUCUAAUAAUUCCAUAGCAAAGCCGCUACAGAAAACAGCCAAAGCUGCUGCUGAAGAGACAUCAUCAGGAUCACCAAAAAUAGAUAAGAAAAAAAGUCCUUACGGACUGUGGAUACCUGUGUAAAUGAAAACUAAGGGCUGGGUUCCCUAAAACUGCACUUUACUAAGAAUUGCUGUCCUCCAGCAUUAGCCUGCCUGCUUGAGUAUAACAGCAGUAAAUGUUGUUAAACUUCAUUACAGAAAGAUGCUUAAUGGUGACAUGUUCACAGUUGAGGUUUCUCUUGAAAUUGUAGGAACACAGAUGGACCAGAAAUUUGCAUACAAGUGGGAGUCUUAUAUAUACUUGUAAGUAUUGUAUAGUACUGCAUAUGUACAUGGGUGAACUUUGUAAGACACAGGUGAAUACUGUGUAUUUUGUAUAUUUGUUAAUAAACUUUUUAUUAUUUGUCUUGA